GACAUCCCACGGGGGUUCCGCCUCCUAGUCGGCCCACCGCUCCAUCAUUUUCCUUUUGCUUAAUGUUGUUGGCGUUGCUCUAGGAAAUGGGUUGAGCAGACGAACUACUGCGUAAGGUAUAAGAACAUUCUUCCUACCAUUGCUUCAAUUGAAAGAUCGAAGCAACUUCUGAGAUGGCCUUGUCCGGGCCUUUGCCCACAACCUCGCCUUCAGUAGAGGACAUCCCCUCAAGGAGCCUGUCGACUGAUACGAAGAUCAAUCUCAUCAUCGGGAUCUUUACAAUAGUAACUGGGGCGUUGAGUACGCUAUUUGCAUGGGCGAUGUGGAGGCUUACUGGAGACAGAAGACGGCGGCGCGGGCAUGAGAGCCUAACUGUAGACUCAAAUCCUCUUCAAGUCAUCCCUGAGCCAAGGGGAAGAAUGGGAUAUGAAGUUACUUUGAAGCUACUUUGAGAUCUAGGAGGACACUUGACAGGCGGGAUACUA